AUGAAUCCCUGGGAUGGAAGUGACAACGACGGAAUAAUGGAAAUGCUUAAUCAAAUGGCAGUCCAGGUGCAACAAGAACACAACUGCACAUUUCUACAAGCAUGCCAGUAUGCGACAGAGUGGUACCAAAAACACAUGGCUAAAAUGCCAUGUCGCACUUCUAUACUGACCGGGAAUGCAUGGAUAUCCGAACUAUAUGCUGGCCAUAUGGGCCGAUUUGAGGAAAACGUGUCCAUGCCGAAGGAAUUUUUUGUCGCCCUGUGUGAAACAUUAGUAAAUGAUUUUGGGUUACAAGUCCCGCAACGUCCGCAUGGUUUAGCUGUUGAAGAAAGCGUUGCAAUGUUUAUCCAUGUGUUAAAAGGGAAGCAAAAUCGGGAAAUCCAAGAACGGUUCCAACAUUCGGGGGAGACUGUGUCUCGGCACGUGCAUAACGUAUUAACUUCCAUGAAGCAGUUCACUGUUGUUUAUUGCCGGCCCACAUACAAUCAGCAUCGUAUACAUCCAUACGUGCGGUCUAGACGGAAAUACCUACCGUUCAAGGACUGCAUUGGCGCAAUAGACGGAACACAUGUAAGUGAAUGGGUUACUGGGCCAGAUGCAGCAACAUAUUUCGGAAGUAUGCAUGAUAGUCGUAUAUUCAACGAGAUACUAACUAAUGACAAUGUCCCAUUCCCACAUCCUGACGAAGGCAAAUAUUAUCUUGUCGAUUCUGGUUAUCCAAACCGGACGGGGUACUUAGCACCAUUCAAAGGCCACCGUUACCACCAACAAGAAUUUCGACGUAACCCAACAACUGUUCACCCAAUCUGUGACGAGGAAGAGGCUAUGACAAUAGUAAAUGUCAUACCAGAAGUUGAACAUGACGAGGAUGGUUUAAUGGUUGGGGAUGAGGACCCACAUAUGGCAUUGGUGCGCCUUCACAUACGCGACAAAUUAUGUUACAUGCGUAAUAACGGGAUGUUAGGAAAUAUAUAA